GUAGAGGGAUCCGCCAGAGAACAGUUAGCGUGGUCAGACGAGCCAGGUCAGCAACAUGCGGGCAGCAAGGUACCAAAGGAGCAGGCAGAGAAUGGUCAGGGUCACAAGCCGGGUUCAGUAACUCACGGGCAACGCGGUACAGGGGAUCAGGCAGAAGGAUGGUCAGGCAAGCCAGGGGUUCAACAGGAGACGGUCAGCAGAGGUCAGGAUCAAGCAGGGUCAGCAACGAAGCAGGAACACAGGAUACCAGGUACAGGGGCUCAUGGGAAAACAUACACCAAGGCCCAG